CAUAGUUAUAUCAGAAUGAAUAUAUCAUCUACAAUUUGUUGGUGCAACGUGUGGGACAAGGACAGCAUUGUGAAUGUGGGUCCCGAUGUGCUCGCCCUUCGCAAUGGGAAUGUGAUCAAGUUUGUCCACAUGCAGACGCUGGCCGUGAGCUACUUCAAGCCGGAGACGGUGGCCACGGGACUGCACAUCAGCGUGUUUGCCGGCCACAAUCGCUUUCCGCUGUUUGCGUUUGCCGAGGUGGUGCUGCGGCCCCACAUUUACAUCUACAAGUAUCCGGAAAUGGUCAAGUUCAGCACCAUCUCACCUCACAUGAUCAACUACAAUGACAUUAGGUUUUCCGAGAACGAUCUGCUGGUGGGUGUGGGCGGUUAUCCGGACUAUCCCAUCUGCGUGUUCAACUUCCGGACCGGCAGCCUGAUGCUGGAGCAGGUGACCAAUGUGCCGACGGUGGCGCGAGGUCUCUGCGUGAGCAACUCCAACCUGCCGACGAUUGUGCAGUUCCACAAGCAGGAGAUGAGCAUCCUCUGCUACGAGAUGUGCUCCAUUGAGAAAGAGUCCAAGCUGCACCAAAUCUCCUACGUGGAGGUGGGCAAAGACUAUCUAAAGUCCUGCGAGAACUUCAUGUGCUUCGGCGACGACAACAACCUGUACGUGGUGAACGACUACGGGGAGCUUUUCCAGGUGGACAUUGCCUGCUUCCUGCUGAAAACCCAGUGGAAGCCCGUCUACCUCCGCGAAGAUCUGGAGCACUCGGCUGCCCGUCCCCACGCCCUCACCCUCCACCGCAUGGGGCUGCUCAUCUCGAACCACACGCACGCCUUCUACCUCAAGAAAAAGGCCGGAGGCUACUCGGUCGAGUGGCUGAUCGAUCAGCAGCGGCUGCAGGACAUAAAUCGGUUCGUUAGCAAUCAGAAUGGAGAGAUCUAUGCCGAGCAGCGGCUGGGCAGCAUCGCUCAGGUGGUGGUCGAUGGGAGUGCAGCCUCGCUGGUGGAUGUCGUGCCCACUGGCAGUCCUGUGAUCACGUUCCGAGUGCUCAACGGCCUCAAGGACGAGUGCGUGGCUGUGCUACAUAGCGACAGAGUGGCCAUAAUGGACCUGGCCAAGGGGCACACCCUGUGCGAGGUGCCAGUGGCCAAUGCCUGCGCCAUGCACUCACACCGCAGCCUGGCCGUCGUCAUUGUGGGCACCGAGGACGGACGCCUCUACAUGGUGCACUUCGAGAAGGCCACCGUGGCGAGUGUCACAUUCGAGCUGGAGACCAACACGCUGGCGGUGACUGCUCUCGACUUUCACGACAAUUGGCUGGUGUUCAAGGACCAGGCCAAGGGCCUGCACAUUGUCCAGGUGGAGUACAGGCCCCACAAAAUGACGGCCUACCUCGACCUCAGCGAACACCUCAAGCAGGUGUUUGUCCACAGCUUCCUGCUGGUCGAGGGUCCCCGCCUGAUUGUGGCCAUCCAUCGGGAUGCCAAGAUCAAACUGCCAGGCUCCGCCACCGAAUUGUGGAUCUUCAACUGGGGCAAGGACAAGCGUCUGCAUCGGCGGGAGUACGCGCUGCCCUGUCCAUAUGUUUCGUUCUGUGUGCAGCCGCCCAUCGGUCGCUGGUCGCAGAUCGAGAUUAUGGGCGUGGCCCUAAGCUCGCCCAACUUUGAUCAGUUUCUGCUGAACGAAAAAGAGGAGAUCCAUUGGCUCGCGUCUGUGCAGACACCGCACUUUGGCUAUAUUCUGGGUGCAAUGCUGACGAAGCAUCUGGUCACGUGGAGUGUCGGAGGCAUUGUUGUCCAUUUCCGGCAGCACAAACGAGCGCGAAAGCCCUUCAUGGUCUGCCGUUUCCUCAAUCUGGCGUUUGUUCCCGAGAAUCUGCUGCGUGUACGCGAGUGUUAUAAUUCCAAGUACCUCAUCAUUCUCCUGUCCAAUCAGAAUCUUCGAGUAAUGCGUCUGCCCUCACUGUCAGACUGUGUGCGGGAGAAUCUGGAGUUGCCGCUGCCCAAAGAGGAUUACAAUGUACUGGAGCAAAUCAACUACAAAGUCAGCCCGUUCGUGCCCAUCACCUUGAAGAAGGAGACAAAGGAGGAGUACACCAAGGCGGAUCUGUUCAAGCGGGAAAAAGUCUUCAGCAUGAUCGGGGAGUUUGCCGCGAAGGUUACAGCCCUCAUAGACUAUGACAUUUCGGUGACGGGCAAGACCAGGGGCGUCUUCAAGAAGUUUUGCUUCAACUACAAGUGGCUGGACGCCCUCACGGACGAGGCCCACAAGCUGUGCACCCUGGAGCGGGCCUCGCUGGAGCGUGCCAUCGAGGAUCAGUCGCGCAUCCGAGACUGGAUCAUGCGGCAGGUGACACGCGAGGCCGUCAGCAUCAACUACAAGGUGAGAUCGAUCUUUGCGGAUGCCAAUUUCGAGAGCUUUUCGAUGCGCCGCAAGCCGGAUAUGGUGGAGUUUGACAAGUAUCGGUUCUACGAUCUGGAGGAUCACAUACGCAUGUCCAUGGGCUCCAUGGAGGACAUGGAGGAGUUUAUACAGCAGCAGCGCAAGAGUCCAGCCAUCAAGGCUACCGUCCAUGACCAUGCGGGCCAAGGCGACGCUGCGAUGGCAGGAGAGGAGGAGCACAGGGGAGGAGAACUGCAGGAGCUGAAACCAUUCGUAGUGGAGGGUCCCAGUGUCUACGAGCACAUGAUGGCUCCCGUUUUCCAGCUGCAGGACAAGAAUCUCGUCACCUCAAAUCAGCUGUACAAUGAGACUUGCAAGUUUCGGUACUACCUGAACGAUCCUCUGAAGCAGGAGUUCAACAAGCUCUUCCACGAGGCGCAGACGCUCAAGCAGGACACCAUCGACAGUGUCCUGAGCACCAACAAGGUGCUCUACAAGAUCUACGACAACAUGAACAUAAUGCUGCGCCUCCUCCACAUGGAUCAGUUCGAGCCGCCUGAUCUCACGGUGCCCGCUCUGGCCAAGGAUGAGGUGAUCAAACGCAUCAUGGAGGUGGACGACUCGGAGAUCAAAGCCAUCAAUCGGCGACGUCGCAAGACCAUCGAUACAGGCGGCAAGAAGGGGCGACUGCUGCUCUGGUCGGUGGAGUUCUGGUCUCGUGCGCUAAUCGUCAUGAUGGACGGGGUGCUGGAGAAGUUGUGGGAGGAGGAGAUCAAGAAGGACAUACCCGUGCCCGAGUUCAUGCUGAAGAAGCAGCCGCACGAGUACAGUCUCGAGGAUCAGAAGAUCUUUCGCGCCUACGAGGAGGCAGUGCGCCAACUGGAGGAGGAUCGCCGCAAGUAUCUGCGCAUCCUGACGGAGAACGAGGUCAAAACCCUAGAUCUGAAGAGCAAGCAAAUCCUGAAGCUCAACCAGCGAGUGGCCGAGCUGAUGAUCCUCAAGCUCAAGUAUGACUUUGCCCUCAAGCAGAGCCGCCUGCGCCUCCUCACCGUCGAAACAAUCAACUUUACCCGCGUCCACAUCCGCAAGCGCAUCGCCAUGUUCCGCAAGGAUUUCGACAAACUCAACGACUAUAUCAGGCGCUACGGAAGCCUGCUAGAGUUCUGGGAGCGUGGUCUGGCCGAUGCCAAGAGCCGACUGGAGUCCCAACAGACCAGGGAUCGCGGUAUCGAGCGAUAUUUCCGCAGCACAUUCCUCAACACUGUGCCCCAUGCCCAGCACGAGAUGACAAAGCUCUUCAAGAAGCGCCCUAAGCUGCCGGCCAAGGUCUUCAAUUCGGUGCUCAUUUGCAUGGAGACUUCGCACAAGCUCAGUGGCAAGCAGAGCCAACGCAUUGCCUUCCCCCUGCCCAAGGAGAUCCAAGAGUUCCUGGCCUACAUCGGAGAGAUCGAUGCGCCCAAGAACUGUCCGCCCCAGGUGGAUGCCAAGAGCUGGGAGUCGUUCAUCAAGCUGCGCCGCCAAAAGAUGGAAAGCGAAGUGCGCCUCAAGGCUGUCGGCUACCAACUGGCGGAUGGUCAGGGUUACCUGGCGAGCAUAGCCAAGGAUUUGACAGCCCUCAAGGACUCCAAGAAUGUAACCCAAAAGAGCUCUGAGGAGAGCGUUCAGCGAUAUCUGGAAGUAAUGCGGAACAUGACGCUGCAACUGACACUCACGCUGGGUCAAGUGGAGGUGUCGGUGAUGGGUAAUGCCCAGUCCCUUAGCAACACUGUGCUGAUGCAUGUGGAUGACAUCAAUGAAGUGAAUCGUUUGAUACAGGAUGCUGGUAACAAAAAGAUCAAGGCCAUGCAGCGUGUGGCCAUCUUUCGGCGCCAGGUGAUCUUCAAGGAGUGGGAGCACAAGCUGCAGAAGGCAAACAUUGCCUAUCUCAAGUACAUGCUGGAUGCCAUCGAAAAGUGCAAAGUGUCCAUGGAGUUUCUCAACAUCCUGCGCAACUGGGAGAAGGUAAAAGCCGAGCGACAAAAGUUCAUGGUCGCCGGUGCCAUAGAGCGUGUUGUUGAGCAAAAGAUAGCGGCCUUCAAGAGGCACAUCGAACGCAUCAACCUCAAAAUCGAUAUUGUGAAGGCCAAUACGCUGGAGAUUAAGCGCAAAAGCCAUGCAAUCGAUUUCCAAAUCGAACGGAUCAAGGUGGAUGUCACAUUCCAGAACACCCUGCGCGACACCAUGAUGGAGGAGAAGCGAGAUCGUGAGCAGCGUGAACGCAUGUCGCAGAUUAAAGCCCAUCGACAGCUCAUGGAUAAUGUUCGCCGUCACUAUGCCCAUGUGCUGGAACUGCAAACGAUAUUGGAGCUGCUGCGCCUGCGCACCUAUCCGACCUUGGGCCCACCCCUGCCCCACUGCCAACCGCCCGUACCGGAGCACAUACUCAGCUCGGUUCCACCAUAGAAGAGGGUGCCACAGUAGUUCAAAAAACUUUGAACCCUCUGCCCUGCUGCUGGCAGA